AUGACGAACGACUCGUCCAUCCUGAACACGACCGUUAACGAAACUGCCGGGCGGUCGCUAAUCCGCAUAUAUGAUGCGCACCUUACCGCGUGGUUUGCCGUGAAUUUUAUACUGAUGACAGUGGCCGUGACCUUUCUAGUCUUAAUCAUCUAUGCCGUGGCCAAAGGAAAAAAGCAAGAGAUUUCCGCAUCGCAAACGCUGAUUCUGCAUCUGCUGUGCGCGGAACUCGCUAUCUGCGGUGGAUUGUAUCCAGCUAUACAGUUUACAUACUAUUUACCGACAUUCCGGUUCGGCACAUAUUCUUGCGAUCUGUUCCAGUUCUUCUACAUGCUGAUCGUCGGUGCCGAACAGUGGACCAUGUUCAGCUUAUCAUUAAACCGUUUACUUGCCAUCUUCGCCCCGCUUUCCUACGGCAGAUACGUGAAUAAACGCUCGAUGCUGUCAACGCUCGGCAUCGCCUGGACGAUCCCGCUAAUCGUGACCAUCAUGCCGGCCGCCAAGAUCGGGGGACAAUCUGCAGCGAUGUACAUUCCCUGGAGUACGUGUGUCGUGCGGCCGUCUCCGUCGCUAGAAACCUGGGCAUUGCAAGCGGUGAAUUUCGUCUGUAUGGUUAUCCCUUUAGCCGGGACGAUUUUGUCGUAUUCCGUCAUUCUGCUGGGAUCGUGGAAACGGUACGGUAGUGGUCGCUCGGUGGUGGAUCAGCGGUUUGUUACCCAUGCUGAGCAGAUGGAGCAUGCACGGCAGCGGAAGAAGCUGGGGAUGGCACGGAUGCUGUUUGUCUCCGCGUUCUGGUAUAUGUUGUGUUAUCUGCCGCACACGAUGAUUGUGUCUUUUGGACCGCAGCUCUACGCGAAGUAUCCGCAUCUCGGUUUGUGGACGCGUACGAUUUAUUUUAUGGGAUUUGCUGGCAACCCGGUAAUGAUGCGGUAUAUGAAUCAGAAUGCGUAA